CAAUAUGGGAAGUCCACACAAAAAGCAUUUUCCUUUGCUCUAUUUUAUAAUCUAUAGUAUAAAACGAAGGCCUCCGUGUUCAUUCUCUCUGUGUACUAAAACAAAAACCUUCUGAUACUACUUUUUUCCAUUCCAACUAUGAGUGACGAACUAGCUCAUGAUCUCUCACCACUCAUCAGAGUAUACAAGGACGGCCGAGUAGACCGACUCAUAGGCACCGAAAUCGUUCCCCCAUCUUUCGAUCUCAAAACCGGCGUCCAAUCCACAGACCUCAUAAUCUCCGUGGAAACAGGCUUAUCCACAAGGCUUUACAUUCCCAAAACCGCCAUUAACACAACACAAAAACUUCCUCUCCUCAUUUACUUUCACGGAGGCGGUUUCUGCAUCGAAACCGCCUUCUCUCCCGUUUACCACAAUUACCUAAACUCCAUAGUCGGCGUAGCAAAUAUCGUGGCGGUUUCUGUUGAUUACCGGAGAGCCCCAGAGCACCGUAUUCCGGCCGCUUACGAGGACUCCUGGGAAGCUCUUAAAUGGGUGGACUCUCAUAUCGAAGGAAAAGGCUCAUCGGAGUGGCUCAACUCUCAUGCAGACUUUGAUAGAGUAUUCCUCGCCGGAGACAGCGCCGGAGCUAACAUUGCGAAUAACGUCGCCAUACGAAUAGGCUUAUCGGAGGAAACCUUAAGAAUUAAGGUUAGAGGGAUAGUUUUGGUGCAUCCGUAUUUCUGCGGCAAAGAACCGAUCGGGGAAGAAGCGAAUAAGCUUGAAAUAAAAGCUUAUGUGGAUGAUUUGUGGAGUUUGGCAUCGCCAUCAUCAGCAGAUGGAUCCGAUGACCCGCUCAUAAAUCCGGAAAAGGAUCCGAGUCUGGGGAGAUUAGGGUGUGGGAAAGUUCUCGUUUGUGUUGCAGAGAAAGAUUUUCUCAAGGACAGAGGACUGUAUUACGGAGAGCUGUUGAAGAAGACUGGGUGGGGAGGUGAUGUAGAGCUAAUGGAAACGAAAGGUGAAGAGCAUGUCUUCCAUUUGUUUAAUUCUGAUUGUGAUGAAGCUAUUGCCAUGCUCAACAGAAUUGUUUCUUUCAUUAAUUCGUCGGGCAAAGGAUGAUAUUUGAUCGACAUAGUCGGAUAUCUAAUUUGGUUUUCAUAGAAAGUAAUUAUUAGACAUCGGAAAAGUGAGAAAGAUUAAAGGCAAAGUAAUGAAUUAAAUUAAUGGUGUGCAAGCUGUGUGGUGGGUUUUCCUUUUUGUGAUGAUAAUCUUGUUUGUUUGUUUUGUCAGUUUGUGCCUUGAAUUAUUCACCUUUUUGUGGUUUUCUUGUUUAA